AUGUGCCGCAUCCCGACCCGCGAGGCCAUGACUGCCGUUCCUCCUCUCGAGUGCCUGAAACUGUUGCUGGAUGUCCCGAUUGAGAAGGCCACGCGCGACGACAGCGAGCUUGGGCAUUUUUACAAGAACAUCAAAGGGAUGGGUUUUUAUUGCCAAGUGCCGGUCGGGCCCGACAACGCCAAUUCUCCUGAUCCCAACGCCGAUUCUCCUGAUCCCAACGCCCCCGGCGAUGCCAACGUUAACUUGGAUCAAGACGGUCUUCAUCAUCCUUCAGCCCAAAUGGUCCAGAAUCCCGAAAAGUUUGCUGAAUUAGAUGACGAAACGCCGCGCACAAGUCCAUGCCAUUGUAAAUCAGGAGCAGGAGCAGUAGUAGGAGCAGGAGCAGAGGAAGGUGUGACCAACGACAACAACGUCCAUUCGUUUUACCAAGAUUUGCACCUUCGAGUUCUCACGGCUGGAUCGAUCUCCAUGAGAGCAAUGCAGAGCAAGGAAUUCAAAUCAUUGAUGUCAUUCUCCAAUCCCGUUCUCGGUGUUCCAGGCGAGGAUUCUUUGUGGAGCAGACUUGAGCAAAACAAUCGAAAAGACAAACUUGAUCUAAUGCAGUACCUCCGUCAACCAGAUCUGUUUGGCUCUAUUACAUCCGAUUCAUGGACGGGUAAUGGCGACAGGAAAUUUCUUGCGGUGACCUACAAUUACCUCACGCCACGUUUCACACUGGAAAAGCUCACCAUCAACAAGGCAUGGAGGGACGGCAAAGCGGAGGCCCUCCUGAACAAGUGCAAUAACGUCGCCAAGAUCUUCAAGGGCAAGGGCGCUGUGUUAUACCACCUCAAAACCCUACAGAAAGUCUGGCAAAAACCGCUUACGACACAGGUCAAAAACGACACCCGAUGGAAUUCUCAGUACGAGAUGUUGAAACGGAUUUUGGAUCUCAGCAUCUAUAUCAACAUGACCGUCCGACAUUUCAAUCGCUGUCCCUCUGAACUACCGUCGCAUAUCAAACUUCAACAUAUCAAGGAAUGCGAGCUUUCACAGGUGGAGAUCGACACACUCCGCGAGCUCAAGGAUGUCAUGGCACCAGUAGUUGAAUUUACCGACAGCAUCGGAUCAUCCGCAAUACCAACAACAUCGCUUAUUUACACGACUGUCAGGAACCUCCUUCCACCACUCCAGAAUCUCAAUACAAGAGUUGCCAAGGCUGUUCAUGUCGCAUUGGAUCAGCAUAUCAAGAGGGCAUGGAACCUCGAUAACGACUCGCCAGCAAUCGAUGCCAUCCUAAUCUCAAUGUACCUCAACCCCGCCAUAUUACAAGACAGGAUCUGGGACGAACCCAACGGCGAUUCGACUCACAGGGCCAAGGCUGAAAGCCUUAUCACCACCAAGAUCGAGGAGGUCAUGAUGAAGAAUAGGGAAUGGUAA